AUGCGUAUUUCUGCACUAGUUAUGACUCUCUGUUCUAGCGCCGCGGUGGCUGCUACAACAGAAAUCUUCCAAUCUUUGAAUUCUUCGCAAGCUAUUGAUAGCGUCAAGCCAGUACUUGAAAGCCUUCUGGAUAUAGGCAACUGUAACAUUCCUGGUUGCCUUGAGGAACUUAUUCCUAUAGCCAACCAGUGUAGCACUGUUAUUACUAGUGACUCUCCGAACAUUGAUGCUACUCUUACAUGUUUGAAAGUUAUCAUCUCCAAUGUCUCAGAUCAGUCUGACUACUGCGUUGUCUGUAUUAGAGAAGCUAUCUCUUCUAUUGAAUCUGAGUUGUAA